CCAGCAGGCUCAUAAUGAACACGUACAUAAACAAACAUGCACAUAGCAAACGGAUUUUUAAGUCUUGAAUUUUUUUUUUUACAUGUACAAUUUUUGGAUUUAAAACAAACAAAACGAAAUUUGUGCAUAACGAACAGAUUUCCACAUCUCGCUGAUUUCACUAUGCGUGUGUGAGUUUGUAUCUAUCUCCCAAACCACAGAGCAUAGCUAGCUGGUGUCAUCAGCUGACUUGUUCUGGACCUGUUUCUUUCUUGUUCGAACUUAAUGUACAUGCAGCUCCCUGAAUUACAGCUAUGCUUAGAUUGAGUUAAGUCAGAACAAAGGUGCUUGUAAAAUUGAACACCCAGGCUGAAAACAACUAAGCAUACCCAAAAAUGAAUAGAUUAUAACCAAAACUGAGAGCGUAUCAACCGACAUAACAGUUACAAAAGAAAUUAUAAUGGUAAAGAAAUAAGGCUAUAUAACUAAAACUGAAUAGAGUUUAGAAAGUAUAAACGUGCUUGUAAAAUUGCACACCUCGGUUGUAAAACACAACUAUCAGUUGGUUGUAAAGACUAGGCAUGCACAAAACGUAAAAACUGGUUAGGCUACUCUCUCGUAAACACAAUGUGAGAGCACUAUUACAUUCCAAUGUUGGUAAGUCUAUUUCAUUGAACACCUCUGUCGUCCGCUGGGAUACUGUAUCCAGCGUGGGUUAGGUGAACCUUGAUAGGCAGUCAGGAUUUGAGCAGCUUUUCUGCAGAAUGAUUUGAAUUGUGUUAAAAAUGGCGUAAAACAUCUACAAUUAUUAUCCCCGGACUAGCUAUAGCCAUGUCAAAAAGUGCCGUUGAGCGGGCUCAAAAGUUCAAAGGCACGAUCGGAUAUUGCAUGAGGUCUAUCAAAGAAGUAAGUUUUCAGCAAGACACGCAUCUAUUUGCAUUUUUAAAAAUCCCCUCAAAACUGAGUUGAAAUGGAUGAGCCAAGCCGUAAACAUUAGUCUGAUUAGAGAUGUGAUGAAUUAGCUGAGGUUUGGUAGAUUUUCGUUAUGACUGUUAACGACCGAGAGAUGCCGUACACUAAGAGUUAACAAAAAAACCCAGUGCUCUAGAGUUAGGGUCUCUCACUCUGUAGGCGGGUGGUUGGAGGGCGCGACAGGUAGGUCCUCUUUCUUUUCUUUCACUGUUUGGUUUCUUAAAUACUGUCUUACUUUUUCCCGGCACUAAAUGACCAUUAUUAUGUCGAUGUGUUUCUCUUCACUCAGACAAACAAAACAAACCACUUUGCAGUCCAGUUAUGAAGUAUUUAAAAUGGGGAGACUUAUAUUGGAAUAUGGUUGGAGGAUUUUGUGGUUGUGUUAUAAAAAUGAGCUCUUAAAGUUGUUGUCUAGCAUUAUAUCAACUCUAUCAAGCGAGCUAUUUGAAUGCCCUCUGGGCAAGAGGGGUUAAGGGGAGGGAAAGGGGGAGGCAGAGGAAUGGAACUUUUGGCGUGACACACUUUGAGGGUCUAGAUUUUACUUGCGACAGUGGGUCUUUCCUGCUCAGACCCGCGCACAAUCAAAAGUACAAAAACCUCAGACUUGUAGGACAAUAUCCAAGGCUGUGCACGAUGACGUAUUUCCGGUGUACCAUCGAGUGCCUCAGUUGACUCUAUAAUUCGAAUCCAACUGAAGGACAAAGAGAGGAAGGUUGCGGGAGCACUUGACUAUAGCGAGACUUGUGUUUUGCUCUUCAUAUGCGCUCCCGUUGUGCCCACCAGCGCAGUGAAAUUUUCACAGAGAGCAGAGAACGGUGGCCCUGAUAGUGUCCAAUCUAAAGAUAUUUUUACGAUUCAAGUCAAUGGUACCACGAAUUUUUGACCACACUAUAGUAUAAAUCUAGCUUGAAUAAAUUAUUAUCAAAUAAUAAUCGCUUUAAAAAAAUAAUUAGAAGUCACUUUACCAAACAAUAAAAAACCCACUGUUUAGUCAACACAGAAACGCAAUUUUCCCUGAUUAGAUCUACAUAAUAUUUCCGGAAGCACGUCUAGAAAUAAUUUAGAUUCUGUAGGCAGACACGAUUCUAGCCUUACGGGCGUUACAAAUGGGUUUCAAAAACUGAAACAAAUGGGUGGGAUACGGGCUCUUGUCACAGAGUCGUGCUUUGGCAUGAUAAUACAGCAUGCGUUGGCCUGUCGUUUUGGAGCUCAAGUUCACAAGCUUGUCUAGAAUUGUUCAUUGUCUAUUCUUUUUUCUCCUAGUGAGAGGGAAGACAAAAGUACUUCAAGUCGUCAUAAGAAACGGUGUAACUAAAAAAACAACAACCAAAAACAAAAAAACCAAAACAACCCAUCCAAACAUUAACCAAAGCAAGACCAAAAUUACAUACACAUUCAAAGAAGACAGUACAUUUUUACUUUUGGUUCAUCGGGGCUAGCCAAUAUGGAGCUGUUCAGAUUUUAUUAGUAUGAUUGUUUGAAAAGCGGAUGCGAAUUCGCACAACGGCAGGCCUUUCUGGGGCUACUUGUGUUCGAUUCUAGUCUUAUUAAUAAUCAAAUCGUUUUAACUCGAUUUUGAAAAAAAAAAAAAAAAAAGAAGCUAGGCAACCAAUAAUUAAAAAUCAUUAGUUAUCAAAAUGUCAAUUCUAAAGGACCUCCUUUUGAUUCGGAAAGUGCUGAUAGUGAUUCUUGUGCCUUUGGUAUGUUUGCCUUUAGCCCUUAGUGAAAGCAAGGAAAUGACGUGUAGCUAUGGCGUCAUCAUCAUGGCGGUGUUCUGGAUCACGGAAGCGUUGCCCAUUCCAGUCACCGCCUUCUGCUCUGUCAUCGUCUUUCCCAUCACGGGCAUCAUCACAUCGAAGGAUAUUGCACGCGUAUUCUUCCAGCAGAACACCACGUUUAUAAUGGUCACCUUAUGCUUCGCCCUGGCUGUGGAGAAGUGCGGUCUGCACACGCGAGUGGCGCUCUUCACACUCAAACAGGUCGGAACCAGUCCAAGAAGACUCCUCCUGGGUUUCAUGUUGCCCACCUGGUUUCUCUCUAUGUGGAUCAGCAACACGUCUACCACUGCCAUGAUGAUGCCUAUUGUUCUCAGCGUCAUCGAGGAAAUGAAAUAUUUUAGGAUUGAUGUUAGCGAACAGGGAGGUGAUCAGUUUUCCAAAAAGAAGAAUUCGUCAUUUGAUAUUGCAGACGCAUCCCAAAGUGGUGAUGCAGUCGGAGAAAAUGAACGUCCUUUGCUUAAAUACGACGAUAUUGAAGAAACUUCUACAAUCAAGAUAUCAAGAAGAGUAGAUUCGGACAAGGUGAAUAAAAGACAAGAGAAAAAAGCAUUUGAAAGUAUGUGUACAGCUUUCGUCUUGAGUAUUUGUUACUCGUCAUCUGUCGGAGGUGGGGCUUCUCUCACUGGUACACUUCCAAAUAUUAUCAUGGCCAGCCAGGCAGAUGAGAUUUUUGCUUCUUAUGGCCUGGAAUCGAAUGUUAACUUUCUCACGUGGUUUGUAGUGGGCUUGCCAAUUUCUGUGGUGAACUUAAUCGUUACGUGGUCCUGGUUAUCCCUCCGCUUUUUUGGGGUGAGAAGUUUAUUUCACAAUCAAACUCCAACAGAGAAGGAGAACAGGAAAGCAAUCGCUGAUAGGAUAACAGAGAAAUUUGAUUCACUGGGACCGAUGACAUUUGCAGAGAUCGCAGUUUGUGCAUUUUUCUUGACACUCGUAUCAUUGUGGUUGUCCAUCAAAACUCCCAACGGUGGAGGAUGGGGUGCGCUGUUCACACCAGGAUAUGUCACGACGGCCACUGUGGGUGUUAUUAUUAUUGCUAUAAUGUUUCUCUUCCCCUCCGAGUGCCCAACAUUCCUGAGAAACAACAAGAACGACAAAGAUAAACUUCUGCAGACAUCCCGUCGCAUUUUUCGCGGUGGCGCUCUGUUGGAUUGGAAGAUGGUGCAAGAACGACUUCCCUGGGGUGUUCUCAUGCUCAUGGGAGGCGGUCUGGUCAUUGCUAAAAGUGCACAAGUGUCGGGUCUGUCCAAAUGGAUCGGUGUACGGUUAGAGGUUUUCUCCAGCCUCCCACCCUGGCUCUGUGCAGCAAUAAUGUCCUUAGUGAUCUCCUUUAUGACAGAGAUUUCUAAUGGAUCAACGGUCGCUAGCAUUAUUUGCCCCAUCCUCGGCCGUCUGGCUCAGACAUUGGGGGUACACCCUCUGCUCUUCCUUUUCCCGGGUACUAUGGCAUGCUCGUAUGCUUUCAUGCUACCAGUGGCCUGUGCCCCCAACAACAUAGCCUACUCCACGGGUCUCGUGCCUUCUCGGGUCAUGAUGACCACGGGUUUUGUACUGGAUAUCCUCUGCGUGCUGGUAUUGAACACUGGUAUCAACACAUACACAACAUCCUACCUAGAUCUGACCAGCAGUCCAUUCAACGCCACUCUCGCAACAGCCUUGACCUCUGUGGAGGGGAACAGUAGCGCCCUGACAGUCUAGGAGGAGUAAGGUUGUCAGAUGUCUGUUCUGUACAUUAUGUAUUUAUUCUCGUAACACAUCUGCCAUGAUAUAUAAGCAAUAGAUCUAUGAUUCACAAUUUCUUAUAAAUGCUGCAACUCAAGACACCGACUUUUAAUUAACUGUAUCCAAUGACACACAUUAUUCAAGAGCGUUUGCUUUUCAUAAUGAAACAAUGAGCUGUUUUAUGAAAAGAUUUGAUAGUGAUUUGCUGUUUAAGUUUUUCUAAGAUAUGGUAUCAUGUAUAUACGUGGAAAGACAUAGCGUGCUAGUGUUCUCAUUAAAGGGUCCGGUCUCGAUGGCAUUUACACGAAACAAACGUCCUGAAAACAAAUCGACGUGGAAAGGAAAGCCCCUCGCGGUCGGAAUGCGAGGCCCCACAGUUCAAAAUUGACACUCCUGCAUUCGAGAAAGCUUUCCAAAAAGAUUGGUGAUUAAAUACCGUCUUUUUAUUGGCGGAGAACUAUACAGCUUUGAGCGGGGUUUCCCCGUGGUUAUUGUUUUUGGCCUUUGGCGUUUAGAUAGAAAACCUUGAAAAAAAGGGUUUAAGUUUUCAAAGAUCAUUUUUAAAA